AUGAGCAGACCCGAGGACGACCAGUCCAAGAAGCCCGAACAGGCGUUGAACCGAGCAUGCGAGGCCUGCCGGACGUCAAAAGUUCGGUGUUUGGCAAACCCAGAUCCAAAUUCAAACGUAUGCCAACGAUGCGCAAAAGCUGGCAGAGCAUGUAUCUUCGCUGCGCCGGUCAAGAGACGUCAACGAAAGAGAACAGAUGUGCGAGUUGCAGAACUUGAGAAAGAGAUUAAGAAAAUGCAAUCUCUCAUGAAGGGUAGCAAUCGUUCACCUCCUGGCGCAAGCGACCACGAAUCUGCGGACGAGGAUUCCGAGAGAGACAAUGGUGCAGAGGAGUCAUCUCCAUUAGAAUCUCAGAGACACAGAAGCGCGACGACCGCAACAUCAACAUUCACCCAUCAUUGGCCCAACAUCAUUGGCCCGAAGUCACCAAGGGAGGCUCCUCCUGCGAGCAACUGCGGUCCCAAAGAUUUGCUUGGACCUGUUAACGACAUCAUCGAUCGUGGUGUGAUCACUCAAGAGCUUUCGGAAGAGCUGCUGAACAUCUGGCGCAACGAGCUGGUUGCUGCAAGCCCAGGCAUAUACAUUCCCAAAGACUGGACAGCGGCACAACUCAGGCAGAAAAAGCCAUCUCUGUUCUAUGCCAUCAUGGCGGCAGCAGCGCAUUCGAAAGGCUCGGCGCUCUCGGAUAAACUCCAUGAAGAAGCAGUGUAUAUGUACGCUCGGACUGCUUUCAUCAAUGGCGAGAAGUCCGUACAGACCAUACAAGCAUUCCUUGUGACGGUAGCAUUUUAUUCUCCGCCAAAAACUCCGGGCCAGCUACAGAUCUAUCAAUGGGUAAAUAUGGCAGCCAGCAUGGCGCUAGAGCUGGGGCUUGCAUCGAAACCGCGAACACACGAGCAACUACCGAAAAGAGCUAUUCGGUCUCUUCAGAAAAUCUCAUCGCCAGAGGAACUUCUCGAGCAUUGCCGCACAGUCUUAUACCUAUACGUCGUAUGUGCUGGGUUUUCGAUGAGACUCAAGCGGCCCAACAUACUGCUGUUCAACAGCUGGAUGGAGGAGUGUUUGAACAUGCUUGAGAAGUCACCGUUGCAAGCUGAUCAACGAACCUUAGCAUGGCUCAAGCUGCAACGCAUUGCAGACGAAGCAAACACAGCAUUUGGCUUCGAUGACGCGAGUACCAGCUUCAGUCUUUCAGAGCUGCGCAUGCAAAUGAUCUUGCGCAUCUUCGAGCGAAGGAUGCACGACUGGAAAAAAUCUGUGCCAAAAGAUGUUCUGACGCCUUCUUUGACAAUGGAGUAUCAUCAAAACAUGCUCUCGAUGUGGGAAUUUGGAAUGGACGGCGGACGUUACGAUGUGACAGAGUUCCGAAAUCGACAUCUCACACUACCUGCACUCGACGAUGACUCUGUACAGCCCGAGUCUCUCUUGUCUCGCUCUGCACUCCAAAUCAACGCCACCACAAAGUGCAUCAUCGAAGCACACGCCAUACUCGAAUGCUUCAUAGGAAUAUCCAAUGACACUCUGCAGAAGGCACCGAACCUUCUCUUUGUCAGAGCGAUCUACGCACUGGUGGUUCUCAUGAAAGCAGACUAUGCUGUCGGCACUGACCCCGAGAUGGGCGAGAUACUCGAUUCGCAGAGUCUGAAGGUCGACUUCUACCUCCAGACCGUGCUUAAAAAGAGUACAGAAGCAAUUGGACCCCAAAAGUGUCGUAUGCCAACUCACUGGACAUUUGUCCUAGAAGUGAAGCUGAUAUCAUGGCGCGAAGAAUAUUUGGAAUGGCGACGAGAAGGACGGCAUCUCAAGCGGAGGAAAGUACAGGAGGAUAGUACUGUGAAUACCAGCGGGACUAGUUCUCCAACCAUUGUCGGAGAUGGCAAGGAUGGGAAGCCACAGCAAGAGACUGGCACGCAGGAACAGUCCGCACCAGACCUUGAACGACACCUAUCGCAGCCGCAACAAACCACACCACUGCAAGGCUCAACUUUCAACAUCACCAAUCCCUAUGCGUGGACACCAGGUGGCAUGCCUCAAAGCUCGGGCCAGCCCCUCGGCGAUCAGUCAACCUUCACGCCUGACAUGGGUGACUUCUCUGCAGCGUUUCAAAAUGGCGAUCUGUAUCUGUGGAACGACAUCAACGACAACUUUGGCGGAUGGAUACCCCAGGGAGGCAGCUUGUACACCGACACGGGCUUCGGCCCACUGAACGGGCAGGGCUAUUGA